UAGGCUACCACUCAUACACACUCACACAUACACACACUCAUAUGCACGCCUCUCUCCGGUAUAACACGGGACCUGUCGCUGAAUAUCGCCGCCAAAGUGAUAUUAUUUGAAGCUCUCAGUGGUGCACUGGGAACUCGCCUCGCGCGUGGUUACCAAGAAUUUGUGCAUGCCCGGCAAGGGAAUGAUUUGCCGUUACUGACACUGGUAACAUGCUCUAGUUCAAGAAACUUCACAUCUGUUAUGCUGGCUGGACUCUCGUAAGGAUAACAAACAAAGAAGAGGCGCCACUCACUGACAACAUGUACAACUUGUUUCUUUGAUUUUGGCUGAAGUGCGUUCACUGAUCCCAGUCGUCGCGAGGAGCACUUUUGCAUCAGUUGGCGGAACAUCAGUGCAAUUGACAACAGCGGUUCAGUGCCAACGAGGAAACGGGGACUGGACUAGUCCUGUUGUCACAGACAAAGGCUCUUGCUCUUGUAACUCCCAGAAUCCCUUGCUCCCCCAGCGGUGGCCAUGACAAGGAGAAAGCGACUCUGCGGCCCGCGCUCUUGCUGACAGCCCCACGAGGUCGGGACUGUACGUAGAGGAGGGAACCCGCUUUUUUUUUGUUUUUUUUCGUUUCGGCCAAAGUUCUCGCCGAGGCCCCCGUCCCCCGAAAAAAAAAAAGGAAAACAACAACAACAAAGCCCCGUCGCCAUGGCGAGCCUGGUGCUGAACGAGACGGGACUGGAGGACUGCGGCAUCGACGACUCGUUCAAGUACAACCUGUACGGCGUGGUGUACAGCGUGGCCUUUGUGCUGGGCCUCGUGACCAACUGCGCGUCGCUCUUCGUCUUCUGCUGCCGCAUGAAGAUGCGCAACGAGACCACGCUCUUCAUGACCAACCUGGCGCUGUCGGACUUGGUGUUCGUCUUCACGCUGCCCUUCAAGAUCUUCUACAACGUCAACCGGCACUGGCCGUUCGGCGACUGGCUGUGCAAGAUCUCCGGCGGCGCCUUCAUCACCAACAUCUACGGCAGCAUGCUCUUCCUCACCUGCAUCAGCGUGGACCGCUUCCUGGCCAUCGUCUACCCGUUCCGCUCGCGCUCGGUGCGCUCGCGCCGCAACGCCGCCGUGGUCUGCGCCGCCAUCUGGAUCCUGAUCGUGAGCGGCGGCAUGUCCGUCACCUUCUUCUCCGCCACCAACCGCGCCAAGAGCAGCACCACCUGCUUCGAGGGCUUCUCCAAGAACACCUGGAAGACGUACCUGUCGCGCAUCACCAUCUUCAUCGAGAUCGUGGGCUUCCUGAUCCCGCUGCUCGUCAACCUGGCGUGCUCGUCCAUGGUGCUGCGCACGCUCCGCAAGCCCGCCACGCUCUGCCAGAUCGGCACCAACAAGGAGCGCGUGCUGCGCAUGAUCGUGGUGCACCUGGCCAUCUUCAUCAUCUGCUUCGUGCCGUACAACUCCGUCCUCUUCUUCUACGCGCUGGUGCGCACGCGGGCGCUGGACAGCUGCUGGCUGGAGCGGCUGGCGCGCACCCUCUACCCCAUCACGCUGUGCGUGGCCACGCUCAACUGCUGCUUCGACCCCGUGGUCUACUACUUCACCUCCGAGUCCUUCCAGAAGUCGCUGACCACGGGGGGGAAGGGCCAGGGGGGGACGCGGCCCGAGAACGCGGCCCGCAGCGAGGCGGUCGUCUCGGGGGGGAAGGAGAGCAACGACACCGAGGUGGUGGAGGCCAAUCAGCUGGCUAGCAACGGGAAAGAGCAGGUAUCAGAGACCCAGUUCUGA